UACUCUCUCUUUCUCACUUCACCCACCUAAAAUAAAAACCCAACACAAAAUACAUACUAUUACACAGCACAGGUGAAAACAACAUCUAAAACAAUGAGCAGCUUGAAAGCCAUUAACAUCCCAAAACCAAAACCCACAAUUUCAAUGAACUUAACUUUAUUUCCCAUCAAAUAUACCAGCUUUCUCAUUCCUUAUCCUCAAUUUGGUAAGAACCUCAAUUCUGCACAUUUGCUAGCUCUUUCAUCAUUAUCAUCAUCAUACCAGGCGUAUUUCACUCGUGGAAGCUAUGAUCAGAGUCCAGAGAAGGUUGGAAGGCGGCAGAACACACACUUAUUAGCUCUCUGCACAAGAAAAUCUCACACUGAUACUCACUGUGAUGACAACACAAUUGAUGAAAAUCCAAACCCAAUUGAGAUUGAUCCACAUCAAAACCAAACAAAAUCUACUUUGGAGAACCCUUCAUCUACCCUUCCUUCAGCAUCUUCCAAGGGCUUAAUCUUUGAUAUUGGCCAAAUUGGGUGUUGGGAUAGUAGUGAGAUUGGUUCCCCUGUUGUAAAAAGAUUCUUGAGUGAUGAUGAUGAGAGGUGGUAUAUGUGGUAUUCAGGAAGAUCAGAUAAGAAGCCGGGUUUGAGUUUAAUCGGGUUAGCGGUUUCGAGCAAUGGGGUGCAUUGGGAAAGAGGAGAACAAGCAGCAGAUUCAAGUUCAGGAACUGGGGUAGUGAUGAAUUGUAGUGAAGAUUGGUGGGCAUUUGAUACAAAAAGUAUUAAGCCUUCAGAGAUUAUGGUCAUGGCUAGCAACAAAGUUAGAAUUUCUUCUGCUGUUUAUUGGCUUUACUAUACAGGUUUAAGUUCAGAGGAGAUAGAAAUGGAAAUACCCUUAGAUUCCUCUAUCCAAUUCAAGUCGUUGCCGGGGUUAGCCAUAAGUCAAGAUGGGAGGAAUUGGGCUAGAAUUGAAGGGGAUCAUCAUAGUGGAGCUUUAUUCGAUGUGGGAUCGAAAGGCGAAUGGGAUUCUUUGUUUAUUGCUUCCCCACAUGUUGUUUUCCAUAGCAAUGGAGAUUUGAGGAUGUAUUAUCAUUCAUUUGAUCCUCAAGAAAUGAAAUUCAGUAUUGGUAUGGCGAGAUCAAGAGACGGACUAAAGUGGGUGAAGCUCGGUAAGAUCAAGAGCAUAGGAAGAGAGUCAAGUGAUAACGAAAUGGGAGUAAUGAAUGCUUGUGUUGUAAGAGAUAAGAAAAAUGGCAACUAUAUAAUGGCAUAUGAAGGGAUUGCCAGAGAUGGAAAGAGGAGCAUCGGGAUGUCGGUUUCUGAGGAUGGAUUGAAGGAUUGGAGACCAGUGAGCAACGAGGCAGUUUUGACGGCAUCGAAGGAAGACGGAUGGGACAGUAAGGGAGUUGUAUCCCCAUGUUUGGUUCAAAUGGAUGGAGAUGAAGAUCAAUGGAGAUUGUACUAUACAGGAGUUGGGAUGGAGGGUAGGACUGGAAUAGGAUUGGCUAUUUCUCAAGGAAGUGAUAUAACAUGUAUUAGGAGAUGGCCAGGGCUUAAUUUAUGAUUGAGUUGCUAGUAAAUUUGUGUUCUAACUUGUAGAUGCUUGUGUCCUUUUAUAAAGAUUAUUUUCUUCUCAUUGAGAUUCUGACCAGAAAAUUUUUCACUCAAAUAACAUCAGUGUAUAUUGUACUUCUAUCCACACUUUCUAACGCCCCCUUAUUUCAUGAGCCAAAGAAUUACAAUC